AUAAAGGGAAGACGCGAGAGUCAGAUGCAUUCGAAGAGUAUAUCGCGAAUGAAAUAACUUGCACGCAAACGUUUCAAUCUACUAUCAACUGCGAUGAAUAAGCACGAGCCUAUCGAAUUUGUCGUUUGUCAGGAAAAGAUUCCGCUUCUGGAGGAGAAUAUUACAAAAAUAGGAUCUCUUUUCAACGUUGAUGUCACACUCAAAGCAAACGAUCCAACGAGUAGACAACGAUGGAUUUGCCUUAAAGGGAACGACGCAAAUCUUCAGAAAAAGGCACAGACCUACAUCAAGUCUCUGUGUAGCACGAGUAAGCACCCCAUCGAAGCGCCUGUCGGCCUGUGUGAAAAGCUAAAGAGCGGCCAUCUAGGUAAGGAGGUUGAAAGGCUCAGUGGCGCAGUAUUGUCAUGUAAUGACAAUACAGUGUACAUCCAAAGUGAUGAUAAUUUAGUCACAGCCUUAGCGGUCUCUGAAAUUGAGCGACAUAUUGCGAAUUUCAACAAAGAAGAUAAAAUUGACGUCGCUUCGAGUAAAUGUGACCCUACUGCUGUGCCGGACGCAGUGAACAUUCCAGAACGUUCUACGUCAGUUGCAACAGAUAUUCCGCCUUCCAUGAGGGAAUUCGCGUAUAAACUGAACUAUACAGACAAAGAAAUCGACGCAGUCAUAAAAACAUUUGGAACAGAGAUCAAUAUUAAUCAACUGUUACAGGAACUUUUAAAAAAUACUGCAUCUGCGCAGCAGCUUGGCACCGCUCCAGAGGACACAACUUUGCUUCCUGGUUAUGUUCGAGGAAAUUGUGUGGCGCCACCUCUGCAACCGACAGAAACGCGUAGAACUCUGCUCGCUAGAGGCGCUCCCGCCACUCCUCCUAGAAGGCCAGAAUAUCAUUAUGUUCCUGAACACAUUAGGAAAGUCCCUUCUGAUAAUUUGCGGCCAAUCGUGAUUGAUGGCAGCAAUGUGGCAAUGAGUCAUGGCAAUCAGAGAAUGUUUUCGUGUCGGGGGAUAAAAAUUUGCGUGGAAUACUUUCAACGGAGAGGACAUACAGACAUUACUGUCUUUGUACCCAUGUGGAGAAUGGAAGAAUGUCGCCAAGACAGUCCGAUCAUGAACCAGGAAGUACUUGACGAGUUAUUCAGCCUAAGCAUUUUGAAGCUUACUCCAUCAAGGUCACAUGGUAACCGUCGCAUCGUGUGUUACGAUGACAAGUAUACGGUAGAUUUGGCGGACCAAAAUGGGGGAAUAAUUGUCUCCAAUGACAAUUUUAGAGACCUCCUUGAAGAAAACCCACGAUGGAAAGAGACAAUUGAACAGCGCACACUGAUGUACACCUUUGUAGGGGACCGUUUUAUGCCUCCGGACGAUCCUCUGGGAAGGAGAGGACCCUCCCUAGAUGAUUUUCUCCGAAGAGGGUCCGCUACUCAUCCAAAAAUAUGCCCUUACCUGAAGAACUGUACUUUUGGCAAUCGUUGCAAAUAUUACCACCCUGAAAAGGACACAGAACGGCAACAGGGGGGAACUUCAAUUAGAACCUCCUCCGAGAUUACUGAACACCAAACGAACGGUGUAGGGGAACUUAAUAUUGCAACUCAAACCCCAGUAAUUUCAUCUACACAACGUUGCAACAGGCACAUUUUAUCAGAGUCAAGAGUCAGUUUCCAGUCCCGAGUUGACAAUCAUCCUGGACGUCCCGGAGAUAUUGUAUCUCGUGGCAGUUCUGCCCGCGGUGUAACUUCUAAUGAACAUAACCACAUUAAUGGUUGCGGGGAACCCUUAUACCCCCACGGGUUUUACGGUGGAAAUGUUUAUGCGGACUAUCAUCAUUCGGUAGUUCCUGACUAUGCGCCUCCCAUGUUUCCUCCGGAUAUGAACCAAUUCCCACCGCUCGCAGCACCAUGGGCUUCAUCUCCGUAUACUACUCCCGCGCAGUAUGCACCGUCCCCACCGAUGGGAUAUCCCCACGGGCAUGCAACGUACGUGUAUUUCGAACCUCCUCCGCCCUUGCGUGAACCCCGUAAGGGAAAUGUCGGGGAUCAGAUUGAUGGCAACUCAGAACAGAAUUCCCUCAGCAAAGAGGAAUACCAAAUGCUUAAGGACAUCUGUGACGAUGAAAAUAAAUUAACACGCAUUCUGCGCGAUAACCCUCGAGAGCGGGACAUAAACAGAUUAGCCCAUCUCUUAUUUGAGAACUAAAAUCUCCCGGUGACCGGUGAAUUCAAAUAUUACAGACUCGAGUGUCUGUUCAAUUAUGACAUAUAUCAAUGACUGUUUCCAAAUAUUUUUAAGUAUCGCUUCGAAUAUUACGAGAUGUAUUUAGGCGCUACAAUACUCAACAAGUUUUGACCAAUUUACUUCAGCGUUUUUUUGAAGUGUAGCUGACCUGUAUGUACUCUUAUCAUAUCGCCUUUAAUUCACUUGUAAUAUGCAUAAUCUCUGGUUCAGCUAUAUCAUAACUCUAUAAUACAAAAAACACUUAAUGAAAAGUCUUAUUUGAUUACACAGUUUUCUCUUU